UGACACGGUACACUUUAUACGAUGCAAGCUACCGGUUUGAUCAUUUACAAAAGUUACUUGUUACGAUACACUAGUGUGUCCCGACGAUGGAGUUUUGUUGCAAGUUCUACAGAAGCAUAGAAUUCCAGGUAGUUUUAUUCGGCUUAUUGCUGUCACUCUCAAUACUAAAUGGAGUUGAAUCUGAUUGCAAUUAUUUUCAAAAUUUGGAAGCUGGACAAACAUAUUAUGUAUAUAAUCCCGAGUAUCCCAAGGAGUACCAUGGUGAAAAUCAUUGCAUUUGGAAAAUGGCAAGUCCCUAUAAUACCAAAAUAAGCUGUUCUAUUGAAAUGAGUAAUAUUAACUGUUUUCAAGGGAGACUUUCUAUUCUAUUUGCUGAUGGUGAGGUAUUUAACUAUUGUGGUAAAAAUACAUUUGUUCUCAAUGGAACAAAUCCGACUAUAAAAUUCGACUCGCAAUAUAACUCGAAUGGUCGAUUUUUAUGCCAGAUUCAAACGUCAAAUAACUGCAAUUGUGGCUGGAAAAAAGUAACCAGGAUAGUAGGCGGUAAGGAAACAGGGGUAAAUGAAUAUCCCAUGAUGUGUGGCCUCGUUAAUUCUGUAGACAAAAUUAUAUAUUGCGGUUGUACCAUAAUAUCUAAAGAGUACGUAAUAACGGCAGCCCAUUGCAUAGAUGGAAGAAACAUUACUAUAUUGGGCGCAGUCGUUGGUGAACAUGAUACAACCACAGGUAGGGAUACUAACGCAACCAGGCUGUUCCGCCUGGACAACUGCACAAUUCAUCCUGGGUUCAGUAACCUGCAAGAUGCUCAGUAUGCUCACAACGAUGUAGCUGUUUGUAAGAUUGCUCGUAAAAUCGAAUAUAACGCUCAAGUUGGUCCGGUCUGCUUACCAUUUCAACAUAAACAAGACUCGUUUGCUGGUGAUAUCGUCACUGUGUUGGGCUGGGGUUUACUGGAAUUUACUGGCCAAAAAUCGACUACGCUUCAAGAAGUGAAAUUAAAUGUAAUAACUCUUAAAAACUGCAAAGAAUAUUAUUCUGGUAUAAAUUACAGUAAUAUGUGUACUUUUACUCCAGGAAAGGAUACAUGUCAGAUGGACAGCGGUGGACCUCUUCUAUGGCAAGAUCCUACAACGCACAAGCUUGUAUUGGUUGGUAUUACAUCUUCCGGUGUUGGUUGUGCUUCAGACACUCCUGCUGUCGCGAUGCGUACAGGGGCUUUUAUCGAUUGGAUAGUAUCUGUAACACCUGAUGCUCAAUAUUGCCAAAUUGAGUGACCUCGGCGUUAUUGAAAAGAAGAAUCGUUUUACGAGAUUAUGAUGCUGGCAUUUUAUUUAUAUAGUUACAUUGUAGCAAAAUAUUGGAUUGUACAAAUAUGUCUCUAUAUAAAAAUAUAU